AUGUUUAGACAAAUAAAUAUUAAAAGAGCCGAUCAGGAGUAUCAAAGGAUUCUUUGGAGGGACUCUCCUUCGGAAGAAAUAAGAUGUUACAGGCUUACAACUGUAACUUACGGAACGGCUUCAGCUCCAUAUCUUGCGAUAAGAUGUUUGAAUCAUUUAGCCUUUGAAGAAAAAGCCACAUUCCCGAUUGCUUCACAUGUACUUUUAGAGGACAUUUAUGUCGACGACAUAAUUACUGGUGCUAAUAGUAUAGAACAUUUACAGCGUACUAAAAUUGAAUUAAUUAAGUUAUUAGAAUUAGGCGGUUUUUGCUUACAUAAAUGGGCUUCAAAUAUUCCAAGUUUUUUAAAUGAUAUUCCUUUGCAAUUGAGAGAAUUUAAUAACCCUAUCUUCACUGACGAUAAAAAUUCUAUUAACACCUUAGGCUUAUUAUGGAAUCCAAAACAGGAUCACUUUCUUAUUUCAGUUCCCACUUUUAAAUUUAAUAAUUGUACAAAGCGAGUUAUUUUAUCUGUGAUAUCACAAAUUUUUGAUCCUUUAGGACUGAUCGCACCUGUCGUUAUACAAGGAAAAUUGAUUUUACAAGAACUUUGGAAAGAUAAGAAAGAUUGGGAUGAAAGUGUUUCUGCAAACGUUGAAAAUAAGUGGUUCAAGUUUGCCACAAAGUUAGGGACAUUAUCACACUUAGUUAUUGAUCGUUGCGUUUUUCAUCACAAACGUAUUAUAAGUAUUCAACUUCAUGGUUUUGCUGAUGCGUCUUCAUAUGCUUAUGGAGCAUGCUUUUAUGUUAAAACCACAUAUGAAGAUAAAACUACGAGUGUGAAACUACUGUGUGCGAAAUCAAAAGUUGCACCUUUAAAACCGAUAACUUUAGCGAGGUUGGAAUUGUGUGCUGCAUUAUUAUUGGCUAGGUUGUUCAGAAGGGUGAUUGAUAACAUUGAUAUAAAUUUUGAAAAGGUUUUACUUUGGAGUGACUCAAACAUUGUCUUGUCAUGGAUCGCUGGCGAUCCAAAUAGAUGGCAUAUUUUUGUGAGCAAUAGAGUAGGAGAAAUUACUGACAUUACUCCCGGCACAAUCUGGAGACAUGUGCCUUCUGAUUUCAACCCAGCAGAUCUAAUUUCACGAGGCUUAUCCGCAGAUCAAUUAAAAACUUGUGAGCUAUGGUGGAAUGGCCCAAGUUGGUUGUCUGAGAAUACUGAUAGGUGGCCAAAUGUUGAUCCUUCUUUAGACGCUGUUCUACCCGAACAAAGAGUUCUAUUAGUUAAAGAAAACAGCAGUUCUUUUCUUGAUACUUUCUGUCAGCGAUUCUCUUCGCUAAGGAAAAUGACUAGAGUUCUAGCUUACUGCUUAAGAAUGAACCCUUAUAUUAAAAGGUCGAUAGGUCGUGGUGAUCACAAUACGUUAUCGGUCCCAGAAUUAGAUAAUGCGUUGAAGGUAAUUUUAAAAUUGGUUCAGUUAGAAACCUUCACAAAAGUAAUAAAAAAUCUGCAAGAUAGUAAACAUACUCCUAGUCUUAAAUUGAUGUCGGAAUUGAAAUCGCUUCAUCCUUUCUUAGAUAAGUCAGGUUUUUUGAGAGUGGGUGGUAGGAUAGAAAAUGCUGAUGUUUCUUAUGAACAAAAGCACCCAAUAAUUCUGCCCAAAAAACAUUAUGUUACAAGACUCUUAUUGAAACAAGAGCAUGAAAGGUUGAUGCAUGCGGGCACGCAAACGGUUUUAGCAAAUAUUCGUCGAAAAUAUUGGCCCUUGAACGCGCGAAGAGAGCUAAAAGCGAUAAUACACUCAUGUGUAAAAUGUGCAAAAAUUAAAGCUGUCACUGCCUCUCAAUUAAUGGGAAGUUUACCCAUUGAUAGAGUUAAAUUUCAACGCCCUUUUUUUAAUGUUGGGGUUGAUUACGCAGGACCGCUGACGAUAAGAUCGAGUCGAUUAAGGAAAGCACCAAGAAUUAAGGCUUAUAUUGUUUUGUUUGUUUGCAUGGUGACUAAAGCUGUUCAUUUAGAUAUUACAACUAGCCUCACAGCAGAAUCAUUUAUUUGUGUUUUAAAGAGAUUCGUUUCUCGUAGAGGUCUAUGUUCGGUAAUAAAUAGCGACAACGGAACGAAUUUUAUAGGCGCUAAUCAUGAGUUGCAAGAGCUACGGAAUCUUUUUAGUAAACAAUCCUUCAAGACAGAUAUAAUUAACCAAGCUGCGACAAUGGGCAUAACUUGGAAGUUUAUUCCUUCUCAUUCCCCACAUUUUGGUGGAUUGUGGGAAGGAAGUAUUAAAAUUAUGAAAUAUCACCUUCGAAGGAUAAUAGGCUCCUCCUGUUUAACUUAUGAGGAAUAUUUAACAGUACUAUUACAGGUGGAAGCAAUUCUUAAUUCACGUCCUCUUAUGGCAAUAACAGAUGAUGUUUCUAGUUUUCAGUACUUAUCGCCUAGUCAUUUUUUGAUUGGAGAUUUUUUAACUACAAUCCCAGAACCAAACGUAAAUUUUGAUAAAUUAAAUUCAUUAACGGUAUAUAAGCAAUUAACUGCCAUGCGAGAUAAAUUUUGGACUUUAUGGUCAAAGGAUUAUUUAUCUUAUUUGCAAAAACGAAAUAAAUGGUCAGAUAAUCAGCCAAAUUUGAAAUUAAACUCGAUAGUUUUGAUUAAGGAGGAUAACCUUCCCCCAUUAAGAUGGUGCUUGGCUAGAAUUGUUAAUUUAAAUUAUGGUCGUGAUGGUAAAGUUCGAGUGGCAGAAGUUAAAACCUCAAAUGGAACCUACACAAGACCUAUUCAUAAAUUAGUGCCUUUGCCAAUUAAUGAUUAA